CCUAUGACACCGCGAAGUCUAUCUUUCCCGCGAAAAUUUCUUCACCAGUUAAUUGGAAUAGGUAUCUCAUCAAACUAAAUAAAUUGUGUAAUUAAUUACUCAUAAUGGCUGUAAGUUAUCUAUUCAUAUUUAUGUUAUUUAAUUAAUAUUUAUACUUCUUAUUUAUCUUGUACUUAGAAGGCCAUAUGCCUAUCAAUUAUAGUUAUAUACACUGUACCACUUUGCCACUAUUCAUUCUAUAAAUAAAUGAUAUGAUGAUCAUAAUUAAUAAUAAUAUUAUAUGAAUGACUCUAUGAUCAUGUGUCAUGAGUCAUAGUCACACUCAUGAAAGUGUUCUAAAAAUAAAGAAAUCCUAUGCGUAUGCUAAAGUAUGCUUACUCCACUCAAAACGUUCAUCUGAUUUAAUUUCUUACAGGAUGAAACAUCUUCAGAUGCCGAUCCCUUUUCCACUGCUAGUAGUCCUGGACGUGGUCGUGAUCCUUUAACAUCAAGUCCUGGUAGAGAUUUGCCACCCUUUGAAGAUGACUCAGAGUUGAUAGGAGAUGAUGAUCCUGAAGAAGAGGAAGAGGAGGGAGAAAAUCUGUUUGGGGAUGAUAUUGAGAGGUAUCAGAUUCCGCUAUGUGAAAGAAUUUAUGACUUGUCAGGUGUCUAGUCAACUACUGAUGAAGCAGUAGGUCUUGUAGUAUAACUGUAAUUAAAACUAACAUCUAGGACUAUUGUUUUACUGACACAAAUUGUGUCUCUUAAUGUUUUGUGUAAGUGGCGAACAAUCUUUCAAAAGGAACGGUUGAGGCGACAACACUAGACACAUUUGUGUCAAUUGCCUCAAGCCUUCAAACCCCUAGUGCAUGAUUCCCUCACAAAGUGGCACUGGAAAUCAGUGAAAUUUCCUCAACACCAGUAACAGAAACAUUGCAAAUCCCAUCUACAUGCAUAGGAGCCAAAAUGAUCAAUAAAUUGAUCGUGGGCCCUUAAGAUAUAGAAGAAGAAGUCCUAGAACAGAACAUAUAUACAUGUAUCAUAAUAUCAUAUACUAAUAAUAAUACUAAGUUUUAUAUGUUGUCUUCUUUUACUUUAAACAGAGAUUACCAAGCUAUCCCUGAGUUGGAUACUUAUGAAAAUGUUGGUUUGGAUACAUCUGAGUAUUCCGAUAUCUCUCAAACUCAGCGACAAGAAGCUGAAAGAGAGAUCAGAGAAAGAGAGCGAGAGGAGGGCGUGCGUGCAGGUCGCAUGCGCAGAGGCCUGCUUUAUGGUAAAAUUGAUCACAUAAUUUAACGAAAAUAUGCUUGUCUUAUAUUUUAUAUUAACUGUUUUGAUUGAAUUGUGGCCUACAUUUAUCCAUUUUAAUAUGCAUGUCAAAGCCUAAUUUAAAUUGUCAUAUCUUUAUAAUGCAAAACUAUUCUUUUUUCUGUCAUUGGUGAUGGGUCAUUAUAGUAUUAUCAUAUAAACUCAAAAUUAUUUUAUAGAUGAUUCUGAUGAUGAAGACCGACCAGCAAGGAAAAGACGAGCAGCUGAACGUGCUGCAGAGGGGGUUGGGGCUGAAGAUGAAGAAGAGGUGCUUUAUUUGUUUUUGUCUUUAAUCCAAACAUUGAUUAGGGCAAAAAUCUUUACUAAGUGAACUUACACAUUACCCUAUACUGAAUUUUCACUUUUAAAGUAUUAAUUUAUGUGAUCUUACACAUUAUACUGAAUUUUCAAUUUUAAAUUAUCGAUUUAAGUUUUAUUUGUAUACUUUCAAAAUUUUAAUACGAUACAAUAUAAUAUUCUUUCUAGUGUCAUUUUGAAAUAUUAGUUUUCUGUGCUCUUAACUUGUUUUUAAAGGGAAUGGAUUGGGGUGGGGGAGAGAUAAAAUGCUCAGUUGCCUGUGAUUAACUGUUGCAUUAUAUCAAAAUUUUAUUAUAUAUUUAAACAGAAGGGUAAAAUACUAUGUUGAUUGAAACCAUUUUAUAAAAUAAAAGUGGUAGAUAGUUUAAAUUUUAAAGUCACAUAUGAGAACAGACCUUUAAUCUUUUAAACAGGGCAAAAACUUGAGAAUUCUUUUUUUAAUUUUUAAGAGAAUAUGUAUUUUGAAGUUAACUGAUUAACUACCAGAUUGAAAAAACCGACUGUGGCCAAAUUAAAUCUAGGUCAUAUUUUUUCAUUUUAGGUGUAUGUACAAAUUCAGCUGCAGUUUUCUUAAUUAUAAACAUAUUCUAAUGAUUAAAAAAACAUUUUUUAGGUAAUUGAAUGUUCUAUAAUAUAAAAUUAAAACAUUUGUAAAGUUAAGUUUUGUUAGGAAAUUAUUACUUGUUAAAUUAGUAUUUUCAAUUAUAAAUUUCCAAAUCAUUUAAAGCCUUUUAUUUGGUUUUUUCCAAAUAGUAUAUCCAAUAAUAAGAAAAAUGCACAAAAGAACACAGAAAUUCAAAAGUAUUUACUCUUCCAAUCACUUAUAUGCCUUUAGUAACCUGGUCACUUGUUGCUGCGGUAAACAUGUACUAUUUGUAACUAGCUAGGAAAUAAAAUCAAAACUAAUUAAUAUUUCUUUUUUUUUUUAAACAUUCUGCUGAUAGCAUGGGUUUCAAAUAUAAACAUCCGGUCGGUAAAUUAAAAUCUUGAAGCGAAGCGGGAAUGGAAUAAAAUAAAUAUUUGACUCGAUUUACUACAAUACUAACAUUGGCGCUCCCAGCGGCUCGUGGCCAUAACGGAAGAAACGCCGAGCCGCUCCCAGUGGCUCAUGGUAGUUAACCAGUUAAGGAAGGUAUACAAUUAAGAAUAUUUGUGUAGUCAAUUGGUGAUAUGGCUGAAUCAAGUUAAUCAGUUUGUUACUGAUUUUAAGUUAAAAUCUUGAUUUUUAAAUAUGAUUUUUUUAAAGAUGAUUGAAAGCAUUGAAAACCUUGAAGAUAUGAAAGGCCACUCUGUUCGAGAGUGGGUUGCCAUGCUGGGACCAAAGACAGAAAUCAAACACCGCUUCAAAAACUUUUUGCGCACAUAUGUUGAUCAAAAGGGACAUAAUGUUUAUAGAGAAAAAAUCAGACAAAUGGUUGAAGGUUAGUAGUUAUACCAAGUGUUGGUGCUCAAAACCAAUAAUAAAUAAUUUGUAUUCAAAUGCUUUUAAUUUACAUUUAAAGAAUUUAAAUUAAAGUUAGUUUUAUUUGAAUUACUUACAGGAUGUUUCAAGCACAAUUUAAUUUUUAUUAUAAUGAAUUAUUAAACAGGCAACAAAGAAAGUUUGGUGAUUGAUUACAACAUGUUAGCUUCCAUGGAACAAGUCCUUGCAUAUUUCUUACCAGAGGCACCAACAGAGAUGUUGAAUAAUCUUGAUGAGGUAUUCUGAACAAUUCUUUAUUAGCAAAUAUUUUUUUAAUGUGAAUUAUGCGGAAAGAGAAAUGUAGUCUUAAUUUAAUUGUAAUUUUUUUAUUUGCGAAGAUUUCAAUUCACUUUUAUAUAUUUAUUUUUAAAAUUCUAAUCCAGGCAGCUAAAGAAGUGGUUUUCAGCAUGUACCCCAAUUAUGAAAGAAUUGCUAAAACAAUCCAUGUGAGAAUAGCAGAUUUGCCAUUAAUUGAAGAAAUUAGAUCUCUCAGGUGAGUCAUUUCAACCGAUAAAAUAAGGUUAUCUCAUGUAAUAAUGCUUUUUUUAAUGUUAUAUUUGACUACAAUACACACUAAAAUAUUAUCUAUACGUAAUACAUUAUUAUUUAAAUAAUAGAAAUUGUUUGUUUUGUCACAAAAGCAGGCAUUUAUUUUAUUUUUAUAAAUUUGGUUUCUAACUUUAUCUUUAUCUCACUGAUAUUAUUUUAAUUUCAGACAACUCCAUCUUAACCAACUGAUUCGGACCAAUGGAGUUGUAACAAGUGUGACAGGAGUUCUCCCACAGCUUAGCGUCAUUCGUUAUGAUUGUAAUAAAUGUUCUUUUGUGCUAGGCCCAUUCUAUCAGACUCAGAACACAGAAAUCAAACCUGGUUCUUGCCCAGAAUGUCAAUCUCAAGGUCCUUUUGAAAUAAACAUGGAGCAGGUAAUCUGAGCAUUCAUUAAUUUUAAAUACAUUUUGCAGUGUUUAAAUUUAUUUAUGAAAUGUUAUUGAAGCUAAAUCCAGAACACCAAGAUGUUUGUUUAUCCUUAGUCAUGAAAAAACAUUGUCAGUUCUAUAAUAUUUGUUUUCAAAGGUUCUGCAAUUGAAAAUAUUCAUCUUUUUAAUUCUGAGUCUACUUAGAAAAAAAUACUUUUCUGUUUUGUUAAUCCUUUACUGCAAAAACUCUAAUGCAUAUUGAAAGUGUUUUUAAAAACUUUUAUUGUUUUUAUAAUUUUAGACUGUGUAUAAAAAUUACCAAAGGAUCACCAUUCAGGAGAGUCCUGGUAAGGUACCUGCUGGUCGUCUGCCAAGGUCUAAAGAUGCCAUUUUGUUAGAGGACCUUGUUGACUCAUGUAAGCCUGGAGAUGAACUGGUAAGUACUGUUACUUUUGUGUCUUUUUAUGCUUGUAAUAACCUGUAAGACUUUUAAUUUAAACUAAAUUUUUCUCUCCAAUAUAAAAAAAAAAAAUUGUGUACAUUUUAUUUACAGGAGUUAACAGGUAUUUACCACAACAAUUAUGAUGGUUCUCUAAACACAGCAAAUGGGUUUCCAGUCUUUGCAACUGUUAUCCAGGCAAACUUUAUCACAAAGAAGGAUGACAAAAUGGCUGUUGCCUCCCUAACAGAUGAAGAUAUUAAAGCGAUAGUUACUCUUUCAAAAGAUGAAAGGAUAUCAGAGAGAGUGAGUACUUCUAUCAAGUUUAAACUAUAAUAAAUACAUUAUCAAACCUUGCUUCAUGCAUGUUAUGAUUUACAAACUAAGUUAAGUAAAGUAUAAUUUACAAACUAGAAUAAGAUCCCGGUAUUUAAAAAUAAAUCGUAUGUGUACAAACACAAAUGAAAUUAAAUUUAUGCAGAGUUGAUAAUGGUUCUAGCUUGUUUGCCUUUUUUCUUCUUUUUUUUAAAGUUAUAUAUAAUUGAAUACUUUAAAAAUGUGCAAUAUAUAUAUAUAUAUAUGAAGAGGUGACCAUUUGCUUAAAUCUGUAACCAACAGAUAUUUGCCAGUAUAGCCCCAUCCAUAUAUGGUCAUGAAGACAUCAAGAGAGCUCUGGCUUUGGCUGUGUUUGGAGGUGAACCCAAAAAUCCUGGACAAAAACAUAAAGUAAAUUUUAUUUUGUCAAUUGUAAUUUUUAACUUUCAAUUUUUUCACAAUACAUGUUCACACUACAUGGUCUAUUUUUAUAGAGAUUAUUACAACAGUGUAAUAGGUUGAUAACAUGGCUUAAGUAGGUUGGAUACAUAUUUAAGAAACCCUUCAUGAUUUUCAUUUGUAACUUUCAUCUUCUAGGUAAGAGGUGAUAUCAAUGUUUUGGUCUGUGGAGACCCUGGGACAGCUAAGUCACAGUUUCUCAAAUAUAUUGAGAAAACUGCUCCAAGAGUUGUCUUUGCUACAGGUCAGGGAGCUUCUGCUGUAGGUCUGACAGCAUACGUUCAAAGAAGUCCUAUAACAAAAGAGUGGACACUAGAGGCUGGAGCACUAGUGCUUGCUGAUAAAGGUGUUUGUCUAAUUGAUGAGUUUGACAAGGUAAAUUUGAUUUUUUAAAGAUUUAAUAACUUGUAAUUUUUUUAAUUUCUUCAAAGCUUUGCAGUUGAGUAUUCAAAUUAACAUGCCUAAAAAUGUUCCUUUUCUGUUUUUUUUUUCAAAACUAGAUGAAUGAUGCAGACCGCACAAGUAUCCAUGAGGCUAUGGAACAGCAGAGCAUUUCAAUCUCAAAGGCUGGCAUUGUCACAUCUUUACAAGCUCGCUGUACUAUAAUUGCAGCAGCUAACCCUAUUGGUGGAAGAUACGAUCCUUCAUUGACAUUCUCAGAAAAUGUAAAUUUAAGCAGCCUACUUUAUUAAUUACCUUUUAAAACUUGAGACGUCCUGAUUUCAAUAGAAAUUCACCCCCACAAGAGUUUUAACUAAUAGCAUACCAUUAAAGACAUUUGCCUCUCAGAAAAAUGUUACGUUUGAUUUGAAAAGAUUUGAGGCAUAAGUUGUUACUUAAUUACUGGGUGGCCAAGUGGUCUAAACUGAGCAAAUCUGAAGUUGAUGGUCUGGAGUUCAAUUCCAGCUAGAGCCCAGUCAAGCAAAAACACCACCAGCAGCCCGGGUAGAUAGGACUCGUUAACCUUGGAUGGCUACUCAUCUAAGAGAAGGAAAAUCUGAAAUCAAACCCGGAGAUAGAGUCCCGAAAGGCGGAUAACAUUGAUAUAAUGAAACAUUCCGGCAACUCCUGCGAUGCCACUGGUGCCAAGCUGUAUCAUCCAAUGAUGUUCCCUUGGGUUAUCCAGCGGCGUGGAGAGAGGCGAUUUGCUGUUGGGAACCAGCUUAUAAUCCUUGAAGAAUAAUCCCAGGCCAUGUGGAUUUCGUCCUCCGAAGCCACAUUAUGACGGACGGAUGCCAGCAAAAAAAAAAAAUUUCAUCACAAAUAAUCAAUAAUAUGUAUUAUUAUUCAACUUGCAUAUAAAUGACAAUGUUGACGUCUUGUCUUUGUGAUAAUGAUACAUCUGCUAUUGUUGCACUCUGGCUUUUUGUUUAAAUUAAUAUUUAAUUGUAUCUAAUUUUAGAUUACUAGAAUAUUUGGGUAGAUGCAUUCCUAAUUUUUAAUAAAAAUAUUCCAGCAAUUUUGAAAUGACCUCUAGUCCAAUAAUAGUAAGUAGUUCAUAAAUUAUUUUAUUUUCUUUAGGUUGAUUUAACAGAGCCCAUUCUUUCUCGUUUUGAUGUUUUGUGCGUGGUCAGAGAUACAGUUGAUUCUGUUCAGGUUUGUUUGCUUUCAUUGUUUAUAAUUUAAAAUUAUCACUUUUUAAAAAAAAAAUAAUAAUUUUUAAUUCCACUUAGACUGAGAAUUGUAUGAAAUUUAUUGUUUAGAUAAGAAAUAAUCACACAUUGAAUGUGUGUAUGAAAUGAAUGAAAGUUUCAUUUUGAUUUUAAAGGAUGAACGUCUAGCAAGAUUUGUUGUUGGUAGCCAUAUGAAACAUCAUCCUCAUGCAAGUGAUGAUAUGGCAGAGCUUCCACAGGUUUGUACUUCAUAAAUGACUAUUUCAGCCUAACGGUUUAAAAUAACCAUGCCUUUCAUAUUCAACAAGUUGGAAUAAUUUAAUGCUCAAUUACUUACAUAUAUUAUAUACUUAAAACCGGUAGGCCAUCAAUAAUUUUAAUUAUUUUAGAAUCCAAGUGACCAUUACACUGGCUUAGAAAGGAAUGGUGUGAAGAAUAUUAACAAAAAAUUUAAUGUAUUAAAAUAGGCAAUUUGUCAGACUCCGAAUAUGUUUUAUUUAAUCACAGAGGCAAUUGGGUGAGUCAAAGAUUGACCCAGUGCCACAAGAACUGCUCCGUAAAUACAUUAUGUAUGCCAAAGAAAAGGUUCGACCUAAGCUUCAUCAGAUGGAUCAAGAUAAAAUUGCAAAAAUGUAUUCAGAGCUGAGGAGAGAAUCUAUGGUAAAUAUAUUACUAGCACAAAUAGACACAUUUAUAAUCACGUUUUUUCCUUCAAAAGUUACUGGUACCAGUAAUUUAAAAAGAGGUCACAUUUUGACAACUAGGAACACUUGAUUAAGUUGUGUUUUUUUUUUAAAAUAAUUUAUAGUGUGACCAAUUUUAUUAUUUUUCAUUUCUGUUAGGUUGUCUUCUUCAAUUUCACAUUUUAUUAAUAAAAAUUGGAUUUUUUUUAAUUUUCAGAUGAUGCGUUUGUAUUAGUGGCUAUACAUUUUGUUUGAUAAGUAUUCAUUUAUUUUCCAAUUAGGCCACUGGGAGUAUACCGAUUACAGUGCGUCACAUAGAAUCCAUGAUAAGGAUGAGUGAGGCCCAUGCCAGAAUUCACCUGAGAGACUAUGUCAACGAGGAUGAUGUCAACAUGGCAAUCCGUGUCAUGCUGGAGAGUUUUAUCAGCACACAAAAGUUUAGCGUUAUGAGAACAAUGAGAAAGGUGAACACAUUUUCAUUUAGUAAUAGUUAUAAUUGACUGUUAUUCGCCGCAAGUGGGAGGGAAAAAAUCUAUGGCCAAACUAUAUGUUUAUUUCCAACCGUAAAACCUAGUUCAUAAAACAUCCUACUGAGUAAACACUUCACAUUAUUGGCUUCAUGAAAUAGACUACUCAAAAUGCUUAUAAUACCACUCCAAGCCUCUGGUCUAUAAACAAUUGAAGACUGCAUUAAAGCACCUAAAGCUCUUUGCUUUGUUCAACAUCACCUCAAACUUUGCAUUCAUCUUAGUCAGGGGUUUCCAAACUGCGGCCCUCGGAGACCCAUUUUGUUUUUUUUGGGGGGAAAAAACUACGGAAAUGUACGCGUAUCCUGCCAAGCUCAGACGCCGCUUAUGUGGACGUUGUGUUUUUACCGAAUUAAAAAAGAUGCGCGUAGUAGUGCAUUAUGUUUUCUAACCGAUCAUUACUUGGCAAAGCCUUAUUAGCUGCUUAGUUUUUCUACUUCGGUUCAAAGUCAAUGAGAGGAUUAUAACGUCAUCUAGUGGCGGAGCUUUCCCCCCGUGUUGCGGAAAUGGGUGAAAGCAUUGUGACUCAAAUAGCCAACAAUGCACUCAAGUUUCGCCAAGUUUUGAUUGCAAUGGAUGAAUCGCUGGACAGCUGUUCCACCUCUAAACUGCUUGUGCUCGUUAGAGGUGUGGAUGAAGACAUGAACAUAACACAAGAGCUGGCUUCCAUCAUAGCAUGUAUGACACUGUUACUGGAGAAAAUAUAUUCAAUGAGUUGGAAAAAAUCAUUUGAUGACUCUAACUUGGACUUGACUAACCUCAGUUGCCCGACUGUUGACGGAGGAAAUAACAUGAGUGGCAUAAAGAAAGGCUUGGUUUGACAAGGGAAGCGAUGUGUAAUGAGAAAAAAAUUCUGUAACCAAUGUUCCUGCACUGUGUUAUUCAGCAGAAAGCUUUGUGUGCUAAAUAUGUGGACAUUAGCAGCGUACUGAAUCCAGUGGUAAAGAGGGUUAAUUUAAUAAGGUCACAUGGGUUCAACCAUAGACAGUUCGGAGACCUGUUGAAAGAUACAGACACAGAAUUGCAAGAUUUACCAUAUUACACAGCAGUGAGAUGGCUAAGUUGUGAGAAAGUUCGGAGCAGAGUAUUUAAGUUAAGAAAGGAAAGAGGUGAUUUCCUGGAAAGUAAAGGCAAGUCACAGCCAUUGGUGUCUGAUGAAGAGUGGGUGUGAGGGAAAUUGGUCUUUGCUGCAGAUAUAAAAAAAAUAGUCAUUUAAAUUUUCUGAAACUAAAAAUACAAGGAGGGGAAAAUCUAGUUUCUGAUCUAAAGCCUUCAGAUCAAAAUUCGUCUUGUUUUUGGAACGAGUAAAGGCCAACAACUUGACACACUUUCAGCAGUGGACGGUCUUCAUGGCUGGAGCAACAGCGGAGUUUCCCUCGUCAUUUGUAUGUGAGAUCAUCAAAGACCCCCAGCUGCAGUUUCAGCAGCGGUUUUCGGACUUGGAUUUAAAGGCAGAAGAAAUUAGACUUUUUCAAAACCCAUUAGAAGCAGAUGUGGCCAGUUGCCCAGAUGAACUGCACCUGGAGGUCAUUGAGUUGCAAGCAAAUGACCUUCUUAGGGACAAGUUAAAAGAAGGACCAGUGGCUUUUUAAUUAGUUUUCGCCCAAGGAAGACUUUCCUAGUUUCAAAACAUUUGCAUCAAUGUACCUUUCAAUCUUUGGAACAACAUGCCUGUGUGAACAAACAUUUUCAAGAACAAAAUACGUGAAAAACAAUUUGAGAACAAUUUUUCCGAUGAUAAUCUCAGGUCACUGUUGAUGUUAGGGACAUCAAAUCUAAAUCCAGAAAUGUCUGCUAAUCACUGUUAUUAUGGCAUCCAGGAAACAAUUUCCCCAUUCCAACUAAUACAGGUUUCAUGUGUCGUGUAUCAAUGUAUUAUUAAAUAAUAACUGAAUGAAAUUAUAAUACAUAAAUAAUUAAAAACAACAUCCAUGUUUGGAUUUUUUUUAUUUGGACCUUGAGUGUGUAGUCAGCCCCUGAACUGCUGUUUGAUAGUUAAUGCGGCACUCUGGCUGAAAAGUUUGGAGACCCCUGAUCUUAGUCUUGAAUGGUUAAAGGUUGUCAAUUUGUUUCAGACGUCCUUAAAUAUUGUCCUUAAAUAUUUGUUUGUUCUUGAUGUUUUUAAACUGCACUUUCUGACACAAGACUUGUUGAAUUGAUUUUUCUGUGCAAAAUUUGUAAAUGGUUAGCUCUGUCAAUUGUUAUCGGAGCACAAUUUUGCAGAAUGGAGGUUUAAAAAUUGACAGGGGAAAAAACAUGUCAUCUUUUCAACUUUUAGGAAUGAAAAGAGCUAAACUAAGAGUUGUAAGGCUUCAUGAGAUAAACCCUAAAGUUAUAGUUAACAAAGGUGCAUGAAAUAUUUAAUAAACCCAUUGUUGAAUCCUUUCUACAGACGUUUGGCCGUUACUUAUCAUUCCGUAAAGACAACAAUGAGCUGUUGCUGUUCAUUCUCAAGCAGCUGGCACAAGAUCAGAUCGCUUACCACAGAAACCGUUUUGGAACAGACUUGGAGCAAACUGAAAUUUCUGAAAAGGACUUGGCUGAUAAAGUAAGUUUUUCAUGUCAAAACAAUUUUUUAGAAAGAUACAUUUUUGAAAAGCAAAUAGCUUUAAAGCAGAGGUGUUUUUUUUCCACAUAUUAAAGUGUUAUUUCUUUCCAUAUUAAAGUGUUAUUUCUUUCCAUAAUAAAGUGUUAUUUCUUUCCAUAUUAAAGUGUUAUUUCUUUCCUUCAUCUCAGGCCCGACAGAUCAACAUUCACAGCUUGACGUCAUUUUACCAAAGUGAAAUUUUUGAAGCCAACAACUUUAAGCAUGACACAAAAAGAAAAGUUAUUACUUUUUCCAUCUAAGUACAACUGUUUCAGACUUGGGUAGUUUCAGACUUUUAUUUUAAAGUUGGUGAAAACUUUAUUUACAGAUUCUUCAAAAAGUACAAAUGUCGAAUUUUUUUAUCAUUGAAAAUAAUGUAUGCAUAUAUAAAUACAAGUAGAAUCAUUUUCCUUCACAGAAUAAAAUUGUAUAAAUUAUGUCAAUUUAUAAA